CGCAACUGCGCGCAGAUAGCCAACUGAUAGCCGGCACGCCUUCUCGAUUACUGGGAACGGAAUGAUGGAAAGGUCGCUCUCAUGGCAUCGAUAUAUCCUCGAUUGUGAUACCUAGUGCACGGUCGGCACGGUCAACCUUACCAUGGACGACAUCAGCACCUCGAAAGGGCCGAGACCCCGGCUGACAUGUACAGAGUGCUAUAGAAGGAAGAUCAAAUGUGAUAAGAAUGUGCCUUGCAGCACAUGCAUUCGAAGGGGAUAUGCAAGCUUCUGUACGAGAGAAGACGCGGCUGUUACAUCCUCAGUACCACCACCCGCCUACCAAGCUAAAGUUGCAGCGGCAGCAUCUGACGAUCUAGUGCGCGCUCUACUCGACCGCGUAAGUCAGCUUGAAGCCAAGCUACAGGAACAAUGUGAUACGGCCUCGAGCGAAGCACCCUUGCCUCUGGAAAUGUCUGAUACACCAGCAAGUCCCGUUCAUUGUGCUGCGAUCACUUCAUCUCCUGACAAUAACGUAUCACAACCUGCGGACACUGAUGAUGCAGCCACUGUGUUGGAGUUUCUGGCAUGGGGCCGUAAGAAAGACAUCGACUACGGGACAUCACCAGAGCAGAACAGCGGGCCACGGCGACUGAGUAUCAGAGAUGAGAAUGAAGCGGAUGCAUCGAACAUUCUAUACGAAGCUAGCAGAGAUGCACAGCUUGAUGUACUUGAAGCACUUCUUCCGAACAGGACUCAGAUCGUUCAGCUUGUGGAGUACCACAGUACCACCAUCUUGUGGUACCAUGGGUCUUACUCCUCAGCAAUAUUCAAGGACGACCUCGACAUCUUUCUCGGAGAAUACGAAGGCGACGUUCGACAUCAAGACUUGAAUCUGCAGUGGCUGGGUCUAUUGUUUGCCAUCGUAACAGGCAGUAUCACAUGUGCACCGCCAUCUAUGUAUUCGUCUUGGGGAUUCUCGUCUGGAGAAACGAACAUAUUGUCGCAAAGAUGGUACGAUGCAACUGUGACAUGCCUUGAGAUCGCUGGCUACAUGGAGGCUCACACCAUCUACUCGGUCCAAGCUAUCGCGACACUGACCAUUGCAGCUCACAUCCUUGGCAAGUCGAACAGUCAGUCAAUACUGCUUGCAUCAGCUGGUCGUAUUGCUCAAAGUCUUGGGUUGCACCGACUUGGACCAGAGAGCGCAGCCUCGGCCAUCUCAAAAGAGCAGCUGCGUCAACGUGAAGCCGGUCGACGGGUGUUCAAUCAGCUUUGCACGCAAGACUGGUUCCAGAUUCCAUUCUCUGAGUCAUAUUCGCUGAACCCUCGCUUCUUUACGACCGCGAAGCCGCUGAACUGCAACGACGACGACAUGGUACCCUAUCAAUUGAGCGUACCGACUCAAGCGAGCUACUGCAACUAUCGUUAUGACAUUGCCGCACUUAUGCCGCAGCUAUUGGAUGCAAUGGCAGGAUGCAACACGCUUUUCACAAAGUACGAACAAGUACUGCAUUACGACGAGAAGAUGCGGAAACUUGCUACCGCAUGCAUACCUACAUUCCUAUCAACAAAUGCGCCGGUAGCGACCGGUUGGCCUAUAUAUGUGGGCUGGGCCAGACGCUCACUGGCCAUAUGCGCUUCACACAAGAUUAUCAUGAUACAUAGGAAAUUUCUCGGUCUUUCAUUCACGAAUUCCGCGUUUUCCUUUACGCGUCGUACUUGUAUCGCAGCGUCCAAGACCAUAUUGAAAGAGGCGCUAUCGGGUAGCGAUGAGCAGGGUCCGGUACUAUGGAUCGAGCAAGCCUUCUCUGUCGCGGCGGGAAUCAUUCUCAGUCUCGAUACCCUUCAUCGAUCGGCCAGUGACAGGGAGUUCGACGAACAUACCAGACUUGUUGCUGACGCAAUCGGUUACUUGAAUAGAUUCGAACAUAGCAAGAUUGCCUCUCGCGGCGUGCGGUUGCUGUCGGGAUUGCAGCGCGAGCUCCAGGGUGGAGGCGUGAACAACAAGAAGCGUGCACGACCUACGGAAAGUGGUGGAAUAUCGUCAUCAUCGGGCAAGCGAGCCCGUAGAUUCAACGUGGAGAGCUUUAUCAGCAACGUAGCCCAAGACUUACAGGUAACAACUCCCACGUCGUCAUCAACCGAAGACGUUCCUAUAAGUGUAGGAGAUACAUCAUGGAACUCUUUCAUGAGCUUGCUACCGCCACAAACAGGAUUUGGGGGGCAAAGUCUAUUUGAUGACUUGCUCUCAUUUCAGUUUUAAACUCAUAUAUACUUUAACGACAUGUGGUUUCGCGCACCUACACCGCUCCUUUUCCGUAUGUCUUCCACUGACUUCUUUGCUUUCCGUAUGAUCGUCUCCUCA